GCGCUGGCGUUAUUUGUAUCCAACAGACAGACAGACAGACAGACGGUUCAGUUCAACGCCAUCCGUCCAUUCCAUGCAUGGCAUGAAUGGAAUGUGUCCGUCCAUUCGUGUCGGCACCUCUGGCUGGGACGGAGGGCAUGAGCAGCCCCCUUGCCACCCACAGCCGUCACUCGCAGACACAGACACAUCCACCCACCACAUCAAUCCAAUGACACACAUGAUCAUAUGAUGUCACUGACACAAAACCCACAGACAGACAGACAGGCUAUACAUACAGUCAGGACGAAGAACACAUUGGCAACAUUCGACAGACAGAGUGCAAUAGCUUGGACCCGACCCCCCACGGAAUACCCCACCCCUGGUUGUGAUGUCACAGUCUACAGCAGUGCGAAAUACGGCAGGGGGCAGUCACCACGGAGAAAAUACGAGCUCAGAGCAAAGAACGAAUCCAUGUCAUGUGUGGCGGCACGGCAUGCAUAGGGCGAUAGAUGCGAUGACAGCGACGAUCCGUCGCUGCCCACCGCAUCACGGCCUUUAUCAUCCACCGAUCAAGUUGUAACGCUCACGCAGCUCAUCGAUCGUGGCAGCGACCAGCAACAAGUACGGGUCGUCGGGCGGCAGUAGCCUCUUCAGCCCCUUGAGAGUCUCCCAGCCUUCAUGCAGCGCCUCAGUUACUUUGCCCGCGCCCUGCAGCACCAACAUGCGAAGCACCUCUCUGCAUCAGUCACACACACACACACACACACACAGCGGCAGAUGACUGACUGACUGACUGACUCAUCCUCAAGGCGAUGUCUUAUCUGCCCACGGCUCCCACAUACGUUCUCAGUCGGGUGUUCUCGUCCUGUCCUGCCGAAUCGAUGACUCCCUUCAGCCCCUCGGCUGCCUCCAACCACCGCCGCCUUGCCAGAUUGUCUCCCACAUCUGCCAUUGGGCCGUCGCCCAGCCCGCCCCUUUGCUGAUAGAAAAACGCCUGGGCAUCGUCGAGCCUAUUUGCCGCACUCAGCGCCAGCAGAUGGUGCAAGAUCUUCAGGGAGUGUUGCGUGAUAGUGGGGCUCUCGACGACAACUGCUGUGCGAUGGGCAUGCACCCUGGAAGAGGCGGAAAGCGGCCGGGCUGCCAGAAACAGAGAGGAAGGAGAGGUAUGCAAUUGCUCUGUCUGUUGUGUAUGUGUCACUUACCGAAGGGUGGUUUGGCGUGACGAUGAACGGCAUCGAAUGCGGCAGCAACUGAAGAAUCCCACAGCAAGAUGAGGCAGAUUCGAAAGACAGCCAAUGCUCCAGCUAAGCUCAUCGGGUAAGAGGCUACACAUCAAAAAAGCUCAAAAAAAA